AACCGAUACAGAUAAACUAACACAAUCUACACCUACUCGACCUCUUGAAGAUAGUAAUAUACCUACUCCAACUACAACUAUUUUAACACCAACAACAACAAAUUUACCAACUACAACUAUUACUAUACCAACACCAACUAUUACUACACUAACACCUACAACCUCUUUACUAACAACAACUACAACUAUUACUUUUCCAAAACCAUAUACUAAUAUUGAUAUUACAACAACAAAAACAACAAAAAUUACUACUAUUCCACAAACAACACCAAAAACAGUUCCAAAAACAACUACAACUAUUAAUACAACCACAACAUUUCCUAAACCAGAACACUUUGAUAAUUUAAUUAGUUGUCCUAUUUGUAAAGAUGAAUUUAAAGAAUCAGAAAUAGAAACUCAUUUAAAAGAUCAUAUUAAAAAUCCUCUACUUAAAGAUACUAUACAUGAUAAAUUAAACAAUCAACAGCAUAUGAUAAAAUGA